AUGGAAAACAGGUGGUACCUUUUACAAUUCAUAGGGCGGUUGGAGUAUCUACAGGGAACUCUGUAGGGAAUCCGGAUAUUUGGAGUGACAAAGGCAGAUAUUGUGUUUUCCUGCUUGUGUUUCUUGGAAGCUAUCAGCCAUUGGGGGUGUAUUGAGAGCUAGAAAUGUUCUGUUGUGAUGAACAACUGGUAUCUUUGGAGGGUUGUUGAUUCGGGUGCAACAAGCCAUGCUACUUGUUCCUUAUACAGUAGAGGGCGUGGGGGUUGCAUGGUACUCAAAUGGGUAGUAUAAACGAAUGAACAUGUUUAAAUAAAAAAGGAUCUCUUCUUCUCCAUCUAUUCUGUUUAUUACAAGACAAUAAUGAAAUACGGAAUCUAGUCUUUCUCAAGCAAUGUUGACUUCAGAUUGACGUUUUGAGCCAAUAGAAGAGUAUAGCAUGCCUAUUUUUUCUGGUUCUAGGACCAGUUAUUUAGAUCUGAAGGCACAGCAUACGCUAUACACAUAGAAGGAAAAAAAGACCAAAUAAAAAUGAAUAAUGUCAUUAUGAUCCUUACUCUGAUUCAGGUAGGAAUGCCAAUCACUACGUCAGUUCAGCGGCUUCAAAAGCAAGCUAAGCAGGGGAGAGUCCAAAUCAAAGCCUACACUUGUUCUCCUAGCGCCCCACCUCCACGUGUGAGCACUGUCAAGGCCUACACUUGCCUAGCUAGCCUUUUUUCUGGCCGAAGGCAGAAUCCUCUACUAUGAGAUGAGGCAUUUCGAUUCAAAUAUAAAGAAAUCUAGUUGGAGAUUCCAUCUAUAA